UUCAGAUUACACACUAACACAGAACCAAGGAGAUCGAAAGAGAUGAAGAAAAGCAGAGAAAAUAUGUUAUGCAGAUGUUCUCAUAUUCUCUGGAUCUUGAUCCUCUGCGAAGCUGUUUCAGGCGAUUAUGUGAUGAAAGCGGUGAAUAGUGAAACUGCGUUCACUCCAGUGUCUGGAUCUGUGGAUCCCAGCACCACCAGCAUUACAUGGAAACACAGAGACAAUGCUGGAGUUGUUGUGAAGGUCAUUGAAUGGGACCGGGAGGAUGACAGCACUGAAAUUCCCAACCCCAAAUUCAGAUCCCACGCAAGCCUGGACAAACACACUGGAGAACUCACUCUUAGACAUCUACAGCUCAAACACACUGGAGUUUAUACCCUCGACAUCAACAGUAAAGAGCAAAGAAAACAAUUCUCUCUGACUGUUAUAGAGCCUGUCCGCAAACCUUAUAUUAAAAAAGAGUGCGAGUUGGGAGAUGUUCCUAAAUGUUCCUUGAGUUGUGAUGAUGAUGGUGGACCCUCUGAAAGUACAGUCGUCUGGAUGAGCUCUGGAGAGACGCUGCACAGACGAGAUCGUAAUACGAGGACGAUAACAGUGACCGAGAGCAGUGACCCAGAGAACUCCUACACCUGCACACUGAAGAGCGCCGUGAACGAGGAGACCAGUGAUCCCGUGUAUGACAGAGAGCUGUUUCAUGACUCAUUUGAAAUAUCUGACAUUGCAAUUAUCAUUGCAAUUGUCAUCCCAGUGGUCCUUUUGCUGAUCCUGUUUAUAUGGUGAGACUGUAUUUAAUCU